CUUACAUAUUCAACCUUACACGAUUCCAAAUUCCCUCGUCUCUAUACACAGGACCUAUCAUUAAAUAUUACGGGAGAAAGAUAUCUGCAAGAUCAUAUAAAAGCGCUUGAGCCGAUAUCCUAAUACAGCAAGAUUGCGUAUAAUUGCCAAUAUGCAUGACAACAAACGAUCCCAUCCCCUUCUGGAACAAGUCCCUUUGACAGUCUCUCCAUUUGUGUCACUUCCAACAGCGACAACACUCUCGUAUAACUACAAGACUAUGCCCUCAAACAUCCCACCCUCGUCCCUGGGCAUCGAGGCAGCAUCAGAUAACCCCGCAGGCCAAACCAAGCCUAAAUACGUGGUAUCCAACUCUGGUCAUGCGGCACAUCCAGAAGACAUCAUCGCCUCAUGCCGCGCACUUCAAGCUUACGUGACCAAGAUGCAAGAGGAUGCAGAGCGUGAACUCCGAGAAUUUGAUGAGAAGAUCAAGGCGCGUGAACUCGCGGAGAAGAGGAGAGUUGCGCCGGGUUGGCUCGAUAGUGAGAUGCACAUGUUGGAGCCUGAGAGGAGUACACCGGUGCAGCAACAAGGUGCUGGAAACGUACCAGAGCAUCAAAACACUCAGAGCGGAACCAAUACGAAUGCGACAGAGGACCAAGGUGCAGAAUUGGACCGAGUAUUUGGUGGGAUGGCUCUGAAAUGAGCCAUUUGAGUUGGCAUUUUACGAAUCACGACCAACGGCGCAAGAGAUAGUUCU